AUGGUCAAAUCUAUAGGGUUUGACUCCACAUCGAGGAUGGCGUGGAUUCGCAACCUUCCAAAGACUAGAGAGUUCUUUCUGAAUAAGCUGGGUGGUUUGGAGCUUGAAGGAUACAACAUUGUUGGUGACGGGACAGUCCAGGCUUUGUUACCGAUACUGACUGGCAGCACAGAACACGACCUACCAUCGGCCAGGAGAGAUGACCCACUGGCUACGGAAGUGGAUACUUUCCCCUGGAUAUGGAAUCUUUAUAAGAAAGCUGGAUAUGUGACAGCCUGGGCAGAGGAUAUGUCAUACAUUGGGACAUUUCAGAUGCGACUCAAGGGAUUCAGGGAACAGCCCACAGACCAUUCCAUGAGGACCUAUUUCAUGCUGGCAGAGCCCAUGUACCACAAGUUCGCACCCUGGUGUAUCGGCUCGGAGCCUCGGCAUUUGAGGUUUCUCAACUGGUUCCGCGACUUGUAUUCUAUGUAUGGGAAUAAGCCUAAAUUUAUGUUUGGUUUCCAUUCUGAAUACAGUCACAGCUGUAACAAUGAGCUCAAAAAGAUCGACGACGAUUUGCUGGACCUACUGAAUCAUUUACAUUCCAAUGGACAUCUUAAUCAAACCAUUCUUAUUUUCAUGGGAGAUCACGGAGCCAGAUUCACUGACGUACGCAGCACGCCUCAGGGAAAGCUGGAGGAACGAAUGCCCUACUUUGCUUUCUAUUUUCCUCCACAUUUCAUAAAAUCACAUCCUAGGGCUGUGGGGAAUUUCAAAAUCAACACCAAAAGAUUGACUACACCUUUUGAUAUACACGAAACAUUGCAUGAUAUAUUGAACUUUCAGGAGCAAAGGGUGGAUCAUACAAAAGGCAGGGGUAUUAGUCUUUUUAAGGAAGUGCCCAAAAAUCGGACUUGCGAAGAAAGUGGGGUAGAGCCUCAUUGGUGUGCAUGCCUGGAAUGGGUGAAAGUGCACGAUGAAGCCACGGUAUUAGCUGUGUCCAAAGCGGUUAUAGAUUUUAUAAAUAACUUAACUUUACAUAUACGUGAACUCUGCUCCCUGCUGCAACUGGAUCACGUUAUCAGUCUUUCCCGUUUUACACCGAAUUCGGAAGUGUUGCGGUACAAGAAAAGCUCUGACCAACACGGGGACCAUCCAGACUUUUCCGAUAACAUGACCUUAGACUACGACUACUACCAGGUCAGUCUGAUGACAAGGCCGGGCGAUGGUCACUUUGAGGUCACGGUCAAACAUUCCAGAAGGUCUAAACAACUUUGGGUCAGUGAGAAAGAACUGAGUCGAACCAACCGAUAUGGCAAUGUACCUUUCUGCAUCGCUGAUAAAUACCCCAACUUGAGGCCUUACUGCUAUUGUGUAUAA